CUUUUUUCCGACCCUUCAGAACACUCGACUUUUCAUCCACGACAUCAACAUCUCCACUCUCACAUCCCCUUCUUCCAGUCACAUCUCGGUCAAGGACCUCACAGUCACAAUGGCAAACGUUCCACCGGUUAAGCAAGAGGAGAAGACGAUCAUGGGCAUGCCGCCCUUCGUCGUCGACUUCCUGAUGGGUGGUGUCUCCGCCGCCGUCUCGAAGACCGCUGCCGCUCCUAUCGAGCGUGUCAAGCUCCUCAUUCAGAACCAGGACGAGAUGUUGAAGACUGGCCGUCUUUCGCACAAGUACAAUGGUAUCAUGGACUGUUUCCGCCGCACAACCGCCGAUGAGGGUGUCGUCUCCCUCUGGCGUGGUAACACUGCCAACGUUAUCCGUUACUUCCCAACCCAGGCCCUGAACUUCGCUUUCCGUGACACCUUCAAGUCGAUGUUCGGCUACAAGAAGGAGCGUGAUGGAUACGCCUGGUGGAUGGCUGGUAACUUGGCCUCUGGUGGUAUGGCCGGCGCCACUUCUCUCCUCUUCGUCUACUCUCUCGACUACGCCCGUACCCGUCUUGCCAACGACGCCAAGAACUCCAAGACUGGUGGUGACCGUCAAUUCAACGGCCUCGUGGACGUCUACAAGAAGACUCUUGCUUCUGAUGGUAUCCUUGGUCUCUACCGUGGUUUCGGUCCCUCCGUCGCUGGUAUCGUCGUCUACCGUGGUCUCUACUUCGGAAUGUACGAUUCGCUCAAGCCUGUCCUUCUCACCGGUUCCCUCGAGGGUAACUUCUUGGCCUCUUUCCUCCUCGGCUGGACUGUCACCACUGGUGCUGGUAUCGCUUCCUACCCACUCGACACUGUCCGCAGACGUAUGAUGAUGACUUCUGGUGAGGCCGUCAAGUACAAGUCUUCCUUCGAUGCCGCCAGCCAGAUCGUCGCCAAGGAGGGUGUCAAGUCUCUCUUCAAGGGUGCCGGUGCCAACAUCCUCCGUGGUGUCGCUGGUGCUGGUGUGCUCUCCAUCUACGAUCAGCUCCAGGUCAUUGUCUUCGGCAAGAAGUUCAAGUAAACGACUCGCCCCGUCGAUUUACAUGGUCAAGUAAGAGGCGAUUUCACGAACAAGAAAAGCGGUUCACAUGCCGAUUCGAUUGUGGACAUGAUGAAGGAGACAACGGGUUGCACUACUGUUGCUCUGCCAUCGGAAAAUUUGGCGUGAGCGGGGACGAAGUGGCAUUGGGGCGUUGCGCUGCUUCCAGUCGAAGCGCGUGGAACGCAUGUAACUUUAUCCGGCUCUCGCAGAUGUUCUCCCUGUAUUACAAUUGGUUGCACGUACUAAAGGCGUAUAGAGUUUUGUUUGUUUCACUCUCUUCCAACACUUUUCGCACGCCUUUCACGAACGCCGAACAGAACCA